AUGGAUUCAGUAACAACACCUGGUACAUUAAACAUUCCACAAAUCAUUCGUAGUGAAACACGUUUACGUGAAACAACAUAUCGUCUUAUAAUUUCUCAAUUAUUUUAUGAUGGUCAUCAACAAUUAGCUGUAUCACUUUCCAAUCUUCUUCAAACAUCACCACCAUGUCCACCAUCAGAUCGAUUAACACAUAUUGUAAGACUUGGUUUAAAAGCUGAAGAAGAAUUAGAACAAACACGUAAAGCAUCAAUUGUUGUUUCUGAUAAUGUUCAAGAUAUUGGUCUCGACUUUGAUUAUCAAUCAGAUUCACCUAUUACUAGUCCUGAUGCUGGUUCAUAUGAAACAUUUUAUGUUACUGCUCAUAAAGCACCUUGUCGUGCAGCUGCUUUUGAUGCAACUGGUUCAAUUAUUGCAACUGGUUCAGCCGAUGCAUCUAUUAAAAUUCUUGAUGUUGAUCGAAUGUUAAUAAAAAAUAACUUUGGUCUUGAUUAUGCUCCAUCAUCAAUUGAAUCAUCAUUAGAUAAUCAUCCUGUAAUGCGUACAUUAUAUGAUCAUGCUGAUGAAGUAACUUGUUUAGAUUUUCAUCCAUAUGAUCCAAUACUUGCGUCUGGUUCACGUGAUUAUACAAUAAAAUUUUUUGAAUAUGCUAAACCAACAACAAAAAAAUCUUUUCGUUCAAUAAGUGAAGUUGAUCAAAUACGUUGUUUAAAUUUUCAUCCAAGUGGUGAUUGGCUUGUUGUUGGUACACAACAUCCUGUAACACGUUUAUAUGAUGUUGAAACAGGUCGAUGUUUUGUUUCAACUCAACCACAAGAUCAACAUACAAAAGCAAUAACUUGUGUUAAAUGGGCAUCGAAUGGACGACAAUAUGCAACAUCAUCAAAAGAUGGUUCAUUUAAAAUUUGGGAUGGUGUUACAAAUCGUUGUAUAAAUACAUUUGAUGGUGCACAUGGUGGAGAAGAAGUUUGUUCAGUAAUGUUUACAAAAAAUUCAAAAUAUUUAUUAACAAGUGGAAAAGAUUCACAAGUUCGUUUAUGGGAAUUAUCAACAGCUCGUUGUUUAAUUCAUUAUACUGGUGCUGGUACAUUAGCUAAACAAGAACAUCGUGCAACAUGUGUAUUUAAUCAUACUGAAGAUUAUAUUCUUUAUCCUGAUGAAAAAGCAACAUCAUUAUGUUGUUGGAAUUCACGAAAUGCUGAACGACAACGUUUACUUGGUUUAGGACAUAAUGCUCCUGUUAAAUGUAUUGUACAUAGUCCAACAGCAGCAGCUUUUGUUACAUGUUCAGAUGAUCAUCGUGCUAGAUUUUGGUGUAAAAGAACAUUAUUUACUGAUUAA